UUUGGACGGGAGCGCGCGCGCGCGUGUGUGAGAGCCGCGGAACAAGUUUUUUUCAUUUCUCUCUUCGCCGAGCAAAGUGAUAUCCCUCCGCGGGUAUCGGGGAGAAAGUAGUUCCAGCUGGGUCGGCUCCGCAACUCGCCUUGUGUCGGUAACUUGUGUCGGAGACUCAUUGGGGAGCGGCUCGGGCUUCCGACUCGUUUUUCCACCUGUUCCCGGGACUCCUGGGCGGCUCGCGGGAGACUUGUGCGCGGAUACCGAGUGUGUGAUGAGUCCGGUCCCCUCAGAACUUGCUCAGUCUCCUCCUCAGAGCGGCCUCGACUCCCCGACCCGCGACAUGGACCUGCCCGACCCCGUCCCCCGCCUCCAGAAGCUGGCGGUCCGAAAAUGUCCUGUUGGUAGUGCCAAGCCCAUCCCCCUCAUCAAAUCACCCAGCGGCCAGGGCAUCGCCAUAUCUGUCGUUCCGGCCAAAGCCCCCAUCACUAUGGUAACCGCACACCUCAAUGGCCAGAAGACCACCAACUCCGCAGCUGCUUCGGCAGCGAACGCCACCGAACAGAGCGCCCCAAUCAACCUCCAAACUACCGGCAAACUGGUGGGCGGGACCUUAAAUCUGGCAACAAGGAGGGUGUCCAACAUAUCCCAUACGCAGGCAUUGGGAACAAUAACGGCGGUGCCCAUCAGAAUCCCUCAGGUGAGCUCCUUGCACAGAUUGGCAGGACACGGCCCUGCAGUACUACCUCAGGUUAGGCCAAAGACCCUGAUCCCAGAAAGCCUCUCCAUCUCCCCCUGCAGAGAGCAGCCUUCCAAGCAGCCCCCUACCUUUCAAAAAGCCACAGUCGUCAGCAUCAAAAACCCCAGCCCCGCCCUUCCCAUCGCCAACAAUACGGUCGGCCACAUCCCGACUUCCACCAUCCAAUCCCAGAAUGUUUUAGAGCCAACGAUUUCCUCGCCCCUCAGCGGCCCCGGUGUUGCCUAUGCCAUUAUAUCCGCUUCCCCCAGCAAUGCCAGUCCCAUUAACACCAGCACAGUCUCAUUGGUCAACGACAGCAUUAAAGUUCAGCCGCUCCUCAUCAGCGCCGACAGUAAGGUUAUCAUUAUUCAGCCUCAAAUCCAGAGCCAGCCAGAAUGCAAAACUGAGAUCAAGAAGCUUUCAGAAGAGACGCAGAGACCUCAGGGACCCCCAGCUGCCAAAAAGAAAAAGGAAGAGAAUCCAGAGAAAAUUGCCUUCAUGGUAGCACUGGGCCUCGUCACCACGGAACAUUUGGAAGAGAUCCAAAGCAAACGUCACGAGCGAAAGAGGAGGAGCACAGCCAAUCCGGCCUAUAGCGGACUCCUUGAACCUGAGCGGAAACGUUUUGCGUCAAACUAUUUGAGUAACCCAUUCAUAUCAGGGAGAGCCAAUGAGGAUCUAUUUUGGAAGCAUGAGAUCACACAUGAUGAAUACUGCUCCGCAUGCAAACGAGACCGUGAGCUGCAGACGUGCGGCACGUGCCCAAGAGCUUAUCAUUUAGAUUGUCUGGACCCGCCAUUAAAAGUACCACCCAAAGGAGUCUGGUUGUGUCCAAAGUGCCAACAAAAGCUAUUAAAGAAAGACACGGCGCCAUGGAGCGGGGCCCUUACAUUAGUCCAGUCGUACGUCACCCACAAAUCAGUAAAAGAAGAGGAGAAGAGAAAACUGCAAAAGAAAAGCAACGAACUGAAGAACGAACAGCGGCAGCUUGAGGAUCAGGAGCGACUGCUGAAUAACACCAUGAAGAAAUGCUUGGAGCUAAAGAACAAGUUGCUGGUCCAGCAGAAAGGAACCCAGUGCUCUCUGGAACGCCUCAAAACUCUCAUUCAACUCAUCCAGAAUGAGCAGAUGAUCCAGGUCACCAUGACAACCACCUCCUCCUCUUCAUCCUCUUCCUCCUCUCCAUUCACUGUCUCUUGGAUCAAACCAUCAGCUGCCUCUGCCGCCGCCAACACCGCUUUCCACAAAGUCCUGCAGCCGUCUGUGAGCAACAAGUGACCCAUCAAACUGUCAUUUCAGCAAAUCGUUGCCAAGAAGAGGAAAAAACAGAGGGCUGUCGGGGGGCUGUCACUUUCUUCUGUUCCUUUACUUUGGCCUUAAAAUUCUUCUGAAUUUAACAAACAAAAAACUUUAAGCAAAAAACAAAAAUGGCCGAGGGGGAAGAGUCGUGUCUUCGAAGGGGAUUUCUGUUUCAGAACGACCAUGAGAAAUAAAUAAAGGACAAAUAUACGGUAGAUUUAGAGGGGGACGGGGAGGGGCGAGGAUAUAUUUUGGGGGAAUACAAACGAGGGAAAUGGGGAAUUUUAACAAUAGAAUUUUUUUUUUCACUGCUCAAAACCCUAUUUAUGUCCAACCGCCAUGUUUCUUCUGCUGCGAGGUGACAGUUGGGAAAUGUCCAACAAAAAAAAAGGGUUGUGUUUGGCGAAACUCGGAGCCUUCAAACAAAAAAAAAAUGUUUUUUUCAGUAUUAAUACAGUUCUAUAAAACUGUCCAAAACUUGGCCUUGGGGGGGGGGAUAUUAUUGAAGUAUUUUCACGCUUGUCUGAACAACCGAAAAAAACUUUACUUUCUACUUAUUUUGCUAUCGAUGUAUUUUUCUCAUGGAAGGGGGUUUUUUUUGUUUGAAAGAUUUUCAACAAAAAGUAGUUAUAUUUGGCCGAUUUAUUUAGAUUUUGCUAACGGAUUAAAAAAAAAAAUAAUAUUUUUUCUUUUCUUGCCAGUACAGACAAUAUGCCAAAAAAAACAAAAAACCAAACAAACAAACUUGACCUUUUUUUGUACUGAGUUUUUACUGUAAAAUAGGAAAUGUGAAAGCAAGAUGAUUUUUAUUUUUAAUUCAUUUUUUUUUUCCGGCAGAAUUUAUCCGCUUUUUAUGGUACAAGGGGGGUUAGAAAAAAAAAGAAAAUUAACGGUUUCAUGUAACAGUUUCCCGUCACGCAUAUCAAUUUUUUUUUUUAUAUGAGAAUUAUUUAUUUUUGUUUUUUUUCUUAUUUUUUAAUAUUAUGUAUUUAUUUACUGCUUGAAGGAUAAAAAAAAAGCUUCUAAUGGUUUUUUAGAGCUCGGUGAUCUUCCUGUUGCAAUAAAGGUCUAUGUUGCCGAGUGAUUUAAAGGGGAACUAAAGCCUGAAUCAGAGAGGCUGUAUUUUAUAGACUGUACCAGCCCUAGAACAGUAAUGAUCCAGUUGCUCCCCAUCUUGGAUCUUGUCAGGCAUAUUUUGUGUGAGUCGGCGGCACUGCACAUGCUCAGUGGGGAGAAGCUAAGCUUAGGGAUCGUGGGAAAUCAUUAAGUAGAAAACGAGGUUUAUAUGUACUGUAUAUUGUGUUUGGCUCCCUUAGCUCAGCUCUCCUCCAAUGGAUCGUCCCUGCUAAAGGGCAUUGGACUGGUACAGAAACAUCACAGACAAAUUUUUGAGCUUUACUUCCCCUUUAUUUGUAUUUUGUGUGUAUCUAAGGUGAUUCCUCUGAUGUGAAUGAUCUAGAGCUUAAACGGGAGGGAUCCAAAUUCACCUUCUAUAGGUUCGUCUUGAAACCCUAAUGGGGGUGGCUGCAUCAUCCCUUCUGUAAGGGGCAACCCCCUUAGCUGCAUGACUUAUGUGGGCUGUAUGGUUCACCUUUAAAUUAACUUUAAGUAUGUUAAAAAAAAAAUUCAAUUUUUAGUUUUAGAAUGACUUACCUUUUCCAGAUUUCAAACAGGGGUCGCUGACCCCAUCUAAAAACCAAGUGCUCUGGAAGGCUACGCAUUAAUUGUUAUUGGGUUUUUUUAGGCCUCUCCUAUCCGUAUCCCAGUCUCUUAUUCAAAUCUGCGCAUGGUUGCUAGGUUGAUUUGGGCCCUAGCAACCGCAUGGCGGAAACGGCAAACCGGAGACCUGCUGGAUACGAAUCUAAAUAACUCCCAAACCAUAGAUAAUAAAAAAUGUAAACAAAUUGGCAGUUGUCUCAGAAUAUCCCUCUCUACAUCAUACUCUAAUUAUAUUUAAAGGCGAACAACCCCUUUAAGGGCUGAGAUAGCGACCCUGACGGGUAUUGAUUGACAGCUGUGGGUGCCACUCACUGAUAAUCAUGGCAGUUGCAUCAUUGCUGUAUUAACUUUGCAUAUUGCUAUAAACUGCCUUUACUCGAUACCCAUGGUCGCAUCCAUUUUUUUUUUUUAAAGGGGAAGCAUCACUUUUAUUUAUGAUUUUCUUUUCAGGUAUCACCGGCUGCUUAUUAUUCUAAUUCCUAAUUGAUUGAUCUCAUAUUGAGAGUUUGCUUUCGUGUGUAGGAAGCCCCCGACGAGACAGGCAGCUGAGGCUCCAGCCUAUCGGAAGCUUUUUAAAGGGGAAGAAGAAUCCCAAGCAUUUAUUUUUGUGUUCCACGCCUCCGGGAGAUACUGUGCAGUACUAUACAGAUCUAUUUUAAUACACGCAACACUGGGUUGAACGAGAUUCUUUUUAUAUUCUUUUACCAACGACGAACAAAUGACUUGAAACACAAUUGUGAUACGUUGCAUUCAGAUGCCGCUUUUUGUUUUUUUAUUUUUCAAUAUUUUAUUUAAAUUUGACAGAAAUGUGCAGCUAGAAAAUGCGAGGGAUUUCGGAGAUAAACAAACCAUGUAUGUGGGACUGGUAAAAGUAGUUUUUUUCUUUUACUGUUAUUCCCUCAAGUGCCGAAAGGGGAAAAAGAAACUAAGAAUUUAGUAAAAAAGCGACGCUUUUGGGCUCCUCUCCGGCGCCCAAACAGGGAACAGUCCAUUUGAUGGUGUGCAUAGAGAGAAUAAAGUGUUUGUCCUAAAUAUGCCAAUGUAGUUUUACUUCUAUAUGAUGCAUUAAAUGAUUGAAUAUUU